AACGUGGGACUUGGGAGACACUUUUCCCUCUUGGGGCUGGAGGGAUCACAGUUGCUAGAGACUUUGGACAUUAUCCCAGCUUGUCUGUAACAGGAACUGUUUGGAAAAGAGAUGGAUAAGGAUGCUCUGCUGGACUAUGAGUAUCCAGACCUGGAUCCUCUGCCUUCUAAAAUUGAAAGAGAAACAAUCCCACCAUGUGAGCCCACUGCUGAUGACAUGCUGUAUCAUAUAUCCAUCACUGCGAUAUCUCUGGUCAUCAUGCUGAUUCUCGCCAUCUUGGCCAGACGCACCAAGGUGGGCGACAAGCAGAAAGGCCUUCCAGGUUUACUCAGUCCGGUUAACUUCCUGGAUCACACGCAGCACAAGGGCCUGGCAGUGGCUGUGUUUGGAGUCCUCCUGUGCAAACUGUGGGGUCUGCUUGUGUCACCAAAUCCCCUCCCGUUCACCACAGACUCAAAGAACAAACAGCACUGGGUGAUCCUGGGAGUCUUUUAUUACCCCACUCUAUACUACCCUCUCCUGGCAUGUGGCACUUUACAUAAUAAAGUUGGCUACGUCCUUGGCAGCCUCUUAUCGUGGACACAUUUUGGUGUUUUGGUGUGGCAAAAAAUCGACUGUCCCAAAACACCUGUGAUACACAAGUACUACUCUCUGUUCUCCAGCCUGCCCCAGAUAGUUUGCUUGGCAUUCCUUAGUUUCCAGUAUCCCCUGCUUUUGUUCAAAGGCUUCAAGAGCUCUGAAACGAUCAAUGCCACCGAGGAUCUGAGCAGCAGCUAUUAUGGAGACUAUGUAAAGAAGAUGCUUCGAGAGAAGAAACCCAGACGAGUCAGCACAUCGAGCACAAACAAACCUAAACUCCCUCAGAGAAUAGUCGAUGCUGUGAAGUCUUAUAUUUACACGCCGGAGGACGCUUUCCGUUUCCCUCUGAAGCUGGCAAUAUCAUGCGUGGUGUCUUUUAUAAGCCUGUAUCAGAUGGGUCUAGUUUUGAUCAUGACUGUAGUGCCAACUCUCCAGACCGCCCGAUACGGAGUGGAUGAAACCAUUGCAAACGUUUUAGCUGGUUUCCAGAUCAUUCUGUCUCCAGACAAACACGAGGUCGUGAGGAUUGUGGUUUACUACAUAUGGUGUGUGGAAGUGUGCUACACCUCAGCAAUGACUCUGUCGUGUUUGGUCAACAUGGUUCUGCUCAUGCGCUCCAUGGUUCUCCAUCGGUCAAACCUGAAGGGGCUUUACAGAGGAGAUGUUUAUAAUGUCUACAACUGUCAGCGAAGUAUCCGGGCGUCCAGGUCGACGCUGGUCUGCUGGAUGGGAUACACCAGCUUCACCGCAGCUCACAUCUGUAUCGGAAUGAUCAUCCAGACUUUAGUGUUCUUCCUCUGCCUGCUGAUCGCUGUCUUCCUCAUAAUCAUACCCAUCCUGCAAAGACAGAAUCUGAUUCUGUUUCAGAUCCUGUGGAGCAUGUGGCCUUUCUGGCUGAUGAUUCUCCUGGCUCUGUUGAUUCAACACAUCGCUGCCAGGUUUUGCUUCAUUAAGAAGACAGCAAGCACACAAGACCUGAACAACAGGGUUAAUCUGUUCCUGCUGACGUAUCUGCUGUUCCCCGUCAAUGUUCUGAUCGGGGUUCUGCUGGCUCUGUGGCGCAUGAUCAUCACCGCCCUGUUCAACAUCGUCCACAUGGGACGAAUGGAUAUUAGUCUUCUUAACCGCACGGUGGAGGCGUUCGACCCAGCCUACCGCUGCUAUGCUCAUUAUCUGAAGAUUGAGGUGAGCCAGUCCCACCCUGUGAUGAAGGCCUUCUGCGGGAUGCUUCUGCAGUCUGUGGGCCAGGAGAGCAAAGCUGCACAGAGGUCACGAGACGCUGAGGAGGGGAUUCAGCUGGUUCAGCAGGAGAAGAAGAAGAACAAGCUGUCGAGUGCCAAGCGGGCCCGCAGGCGCUGGCAGCUCCUGUACACCCUGGUCAACAACCCCUCCCUGGUGGGAACCAGGAAGCACUUCCAGCGGCAGAGUGCGGAGAGCUUCCUGAAUGGGAGCUUCAAGCGCAGCGCCAAGGAGGGAAGCAAAAAGGAGGCAACCAAGGAGACAGAGGCCGCUGCAAACAACUGAGCAAUGGGUGGAUGAUGGAGUUUCAUUGGAUCUGGACUAUAUUCUGUCGUUUUACCGUUUAUCCAAGCAGGUCUAC